CCGGCGGGAGGGAGCCGGGGCUGGAGCUGGGAAGUGGGGUCGUGCCCAGGGCUCUGCGUGCGGCGAUUUGGGGCCCGCCCGUGCUCCUGCCCCUCCCUGGGCGUCAGUUUCCCGGCCUGUGGAGGGGACAAGGGUCUCCAGGCUCCUUUUUGCGGGGCGCAUGCUGGUUCGUCUAGUAUUAACGGAGCACCUGUGAUGUGCUGGGCCCUGGACCCAAGAGAGAAUCUGACAAGUCCCUGCCCACCGAGGCUGCUUCCCGCGUCGGUGGUGGGUUGGGCAGUUAACACCAGCAGACCUGGGGGCCUGUGAGCCCUGUAUCCCGUUAACCAUGGAAAGGGUCAGCUCAGGCCACCAGCCCCUUAGGUGAAGACUCCACCUAAGGACUCCGCCUGGGCCUCUAUCUGCAAUCAUGGAGGCAAGAGAACUCUAGCUGGGAGACGGUCUUGUUGAAAGUUGUGGUUCAGCUCAGCUGGCUGUUCCUGCAGUCUGUCUUCAAGAGAGGUGCCUACUCCGCUGACCCAGGAGCAGCUUCUACGGAUGGGGAGGUGGGGCCUGGACGUGGCCUUUGUGUGGAAGGCGGUGUUGACUCUGGGGCUGGUCCUUCUGUACUACUGCUUCUCCAUCGGCAUCACCUUCUACAACAAAUGGCUGACGAAGAGCUUCCAUUUCCCUCUCUUCAUGACGAUGCUGCACCUGGCCGUGAUCUUCCUCUUCUCUGCCCUGUCCAGGGCGCUGGUUCAGUGCUCCAGCCACAGGGCUCGCGUGGUGCUGAGCUGGACCGACUACCUUAGAAGGGUGGCUCCCACAGCACUGGCAACAGCACUUGACGUGGGCUUGUCCAACUGGAGCUUCCUGUACAUCACCGUCUCUCUGUACACAAUGACCAAAUCCUCAGCCGUCCUCUUCAUCUUGAUCUUCUCUCUGAUCUUCAAGCUGGAGGAGCUGCGUGCGGCACUGGUUCUGGUGGUCCUCCUCAUCGCCGGGGGUCUCUUCAUGUUCACCUACAAGUCCACACAGUUCAACGUGGAAGGCUUCGCCUUGGUUCUGGCGGCUUCAUUCAUUGGUGGCAUUCGCUGGACCCUCACCCAGAUGCUUCUGCAAAAGGCUGAACUUGGCCUCCAGAACCCCAUUGACACCAUGUUCCACCUGCAGCCACUCAUGUUCCUGGGGCUCUUCCCUCUCUUUGCUGUCUUUGAAGACGCCACACUCUCCCUCCCUUCCUGGGUGUUUACACUGUGCCCCAUCUCUGCAAAACCUCGUCGGAAAGCCCAUGGUAGUCGUCACUUAGCAAAGCUGCAUGGAUUUAGCUCCUUUAAUCUUUUCUGUACUGCUGAGCCCAGCACCAAACAAGAUGUCCUACAUUGUGAGGCUGUUUUGCCUGGGGGGGACUGUCAUUCUGCAUUUCUUUGGUGCUUCCCUCCAAAAAUCUCAAAGCACUCGUCCAGCUUCCAGCUACCACAGGACACAGGGCUGCUCCUGCGGGUUCUUGGAAGCCUCUUCCUUGGCGGGAUUCUCGCCUUUGGAUUGGGCUUCUCUGAGUUCCUCCUGGUCUCCAGAACCUCUAGCCUCACUCUCUCCAUUGCUGGUAUUUUUAAGGAAGUCUGCACAUUGCUGUUGGCCGCUCAUCUUCUGGGAGAUCAGAUCAGCCUGCUGAACUGGCUGGGCUUUGCCCUCUGCCUCUCUGGAAUAUCCCUGCAUGUUGCCCUCAAAGCCCUCCACUCCAAAGGUGAUGGUGGCCCUAAGCCCCUGAAGGGGGUGGGAUCCAACCCCGACCUGGAGCUCCUGCUCCGGAGCAGCCAGCAGGAGGAAGAUGAAAAUGAGGAGCAUUACUUUGUGGCCCAAGGGCAGCAGUGAGCAGCCAGGAGGAACAGCUCGGAGUGCACCCCUUCCCGUGCCAUCCUGUUACCAAUACUCACCAGUGGCUCAGGGCCCAGGUGGCUCUUGACAGCAGCUGGGGAGAGUGGCCAGGGAGUCACCCAGGUUUGACCAUGUGGUAGGACUAGGUCAGAGGCUAUGGUUCCUUGCCCUUUGGAGCUUGGCCAGUUGGGUGGUGAGCACCAGGCCAGCCCGGGACCUGGCUGGAGCUAGGCUGGAGCUAUGCCGGAAUCCCCACAGAAGAAGGGAAUGGCUGGUUCUCAGCUGUUUGACAGGCUCUGACAGCUAAGGCUAGUUGCAGGGGCUUAGUGACCUUCCAAGGGUUGGGUUUAGACUACAGAGCAGCUGGGAAGGGGACCUGGAAAGGUCAGGGCCUUAUUACCUAUGGGUGGCUUUUCUCAGCUGAUUUAUUUAUAGUUUUGAAAUAAAUGCUUCAUGGUUCACUGGC